AUGAUGGCGGCCGGCGAGGCAUUCGACUUUUUCAAGAAACAACACGCCCAUGACCUCGACACUCCCGAGGAGAUUGCGGAGCAUGUAGGGGCGUAUCUCACGACCAAUCGCGACCCCCCCCCACUCUCCGUAUGCUUGUCUAUCUCAUGCUACAUGAUAUCUAUUUGGUCAAUACUGAAGGGUAUGUUUCAAAACCCCUUGAUGAUGUCCUGGCGAACGGGGACCCUUCGCGAAGACGUUCGUGAAGAUUGA